AUGACCUCAUGGAACGCAUGGCUCAGAUUCUGGAAGCCAUGGUGCACAAUCAAGGCGAAGAGCCAGCUGAAUAGAGGGUUAUCUGCCUUCACUAGGCAUAAUCCUCCAAAGUUUGAGGGUAGAUUCAACCCCGAAGGGGCCCAAAGGUGGGUGGCUGAUGUGGAGAAGAUCUUCUAUGCAAUGGGGUGCCGAGAAGAGAACAAGCAUGGUGAUGGAGAGGAAGAUUUGUGUGCUCAGUUUGAGCAUGGAUUGAGGCCAGACAUCCGGGCUGCAGUCAGUGUGUUUCAACUGACGGACUUACCCACUCUGGUGAGCAAGAGCAGAAUAUUUGAAGCCAACUCAAGGGGGAAGACAGUGGACACUAGGGGAACUAGUCCAGUGAGGCAAGAUAGAAGACCCCAUAGGUUCUCAAGGGGAUCGUAUUCGGGUUCAAAUAGCUCUCAGUCUCGAGGGAGUUCAUCUCAGGAGAAGAGCAGUGGGAGUGGUUCAGGAUCAAGUUCUUUCCGAGGACCACUUAAGUGCUUUAGGUGUGGAGGGCCACACAUGGUGAAGGACUGCCCACAACCGAGGAUAACUUGUAGCAACAGUGGGAAGUUGGGGCACGUUGCGAAUGAGUGUUGGCCCGCCAAGAGAAGCGGUAGAGCAAGUGCAUCCCAGAGGCCGGAAUCAAGAGGAAGUACAGGGCAGAAGCCGAGCAUUCCUGGUAGAGUCUUUGCUAUGAGUGGGGUAGAGGCUUCACAGUCAAAGGAGCUGAUCCAAGGUAAAUGCAUUAUUAAGGGUCGAUUGCUUGAUAUGCUGUUUAAGUGGGGUGCUACGCACUCUUUUAUAUCUGUGGACUGUAUGAAGAGUCUGGGCUUGUAUGUGACUGAACUGCCUUGUAAUGUUGUGGUGACUACCUCUACGGGUAAGCCAAUUGUGAUGUCAUGGCUUGCUGCCAACCAUGUGUUGUUGGACUAUAGGGAGAAGACUUUGAUCUUCGGUGCGACUAUGGCAGAGGUUCCAAGGCUUAUGAGCCAGGGAGCGUGGGAAAACACGGUGAACGCCAAGACUUUCAUGGUUAUGUUCUUAAUGGAAGUCGAAAGUGUGGUGGAGUUGGAGUAUAUUCCGAUGGUGAGAGAUUUCUUGGAGGUUUUCCCCAAAGAUGUUUUUGAGCUACCGCCUGAGAGGGAAAUAGAGUUUGCUAUUGACCUCAUUCCUAGGACAAGCCCAAUUUUUGUGGCACCUUAUAGGAUGUCACCAGUGGAGUUGGCAGAGGUCAAGAAGCAAGUAGAAGACCUAUUGCAGAAACGUUUGUGA